AUGGGUGUCUCAUGGACGGCCACUAUGGACCAGAGACUUCUCUUGGUCAUUCUGUCCAUAGUAAAGCUCGAUGCUGCAGCUAUAGCCGCAAAGUGGCAGGAGGAAUACGGUACGGCAGAUCUGCUCCUCAUUUUGGGAAUCGACUGACAGUGCUUAGGGAGCGACGGCAGUGACCAGCCCACUAAGAGAGGCAUCACAGAGCAUAUCUUCAAACUCAAGAAGUCCCUAGGGAUGUCUCCAAGCAAGGCGUCUGGUGUCCGUAACAAGCGCUCGACUCAGCCAAACGCUCUCAAGAGAUCACCAGGCAAGAGGACAAAAUUCAUAUCGCCACCGGCCAAUGGUAGAGAUGAUACCGAGCUGCCUCUGUCACCGAUCAAGAAGGAAGGGGACACCAGAGAAACCCCAAACACGCCUCCUCCGAGCACCGGGGGACGUUCUCCAACGUUUGGUCGCAGCGUUCUCGGAACCCCACCGCAAGGCAAGCGUAAGCAUGGCAACAUGAGCGCAGAUGAAGACUCCGACGAUGACGCUUCUGUCAAAAGUGAGGCCAGCGACGAGUAUCGGGGCCGCUCUUCAGGAUUUCCAGAGAGUCCUGUGCGAGUGAUGCAGCCUCGACGUGCCAAGUCCGAAAGGCCCGUUAUUGUCAUCGAUGAGACCUCUGAAGAUGGAGAUGAGGGCUUUGAAUCCGCGGUAGAGGAAGAUCAGGUCGAUCUGACGGUGCCGACCCCGCCGAAUCUGGCAGAAGACGAAGUGACAAUUAUCACUUAG